UUUCAAUCACCGGUAGAGGGCCAGUAAGGAAAGCAAGAUGGCGAUGUCGGGUCGCGAGAUACGGAACACUAAUCCAUUCUACACCGAAGAUGAGGAAGAUGUCGACGAUUUCGAGUUUCUAAGUCAUCCGAAACACGGUAAAACGGGCUACAUCCUACGGGGAAACGACGAUAAUGUUAAUACGGACUGGGAACAGCGCCGUAUGCAACUACUGGACGAGAAACGUCAGAUCGAAGAGAGAACACUUCAAGGUACCAAAUUCUCUCUCGGAUUGCUUCACGAAUCCGAACAAGUAGGAUUCGCCACAGCAGAUGAACUGAUGAGGCAGAGGGAACAAUUGACAAAUGUAGAAGAUAAGGUUGACGAAAUAAAUAGCACCAUGAGAAUAAGUCAAAAACAUUUAAAUUCGAUGAAGAGUAUCUUCGGAGGGAUCAAGAGUUACUUUAGUCGCAGCAACAGUAACACCACCCUUCCGACCAAGACGCUCCAGGAGGAGCCGUUGGCGCAGCCCUGUCCCCUCCAGACGACCGUUGAGAAAAUAAGAGGAGACAGCGGCUUCGAGAGUCGAGAGCACCACCCCGCGCUAGCCGCCAGAGGUAUCGAUUAUGGCCCGACCUCACCGGACGACAGACUCCGCGAUCCCGGUUACGACGACUUCUCGGAGAGAGUGGAGCAGCAGAUCAACAGUAACAUAGACCAGAUGAGCCUGGGACUGGGGCGCCUGAAGAGCCUGGCCAUUGGCCUGGGAGAUGAAAUCGAGGAGCAGAACAGCAUGCUGGAUCGCAUCACCGGAAAGGUGGAGAAGUCUGACGAGACUCUAGAAUAUCAGAACCGGCAGAUGCGACGAAUUUUAAAAAAGUAGUUGUCGUCGUCAGAUCUCGGAAUCAAAAUUUAUUUAUCCGUCUCCUCAAUUAGUCGAUUUGGAGGCAAAAAUUUUUGGCCGAUGCAAUGUUUUCCUAUGAUUAUUAUUAUUAUUAUUUAUUGCAGGUUCUACUUGAUUUUUAAUGCAUGUGUGUAAAAAUUUUGUUUGUAAAUUCUGUAAAUUAUGAAAAAAUUAUUGAAUUAAAACUUUUAAAACUUUAUAUAUAUACAGAAACCCCAACGUUCUAACUCAAAUUAUAUUUUGCGAUAAUUUAA